GAGACAGUCAGCCAGUGAUGGUAGUCUCGCUACAACCACGGUGAGAGGAAGGUCUGCUCUGGCUUCUCGCUUCCGCUGCCAAGGCAACACAAGCUCAGUAUCAUAUAUUAAACUUGUAGAAGAAGUCUGAAAGAACCAUCGUCUGAACAGAGACUCCUCAUCACGUUGUUACAGCUGACUUAGCGUCACAUGUCAGGUGUGUCACACAGGCCACACCUACCUGACCACCAACGGCACCACCUACAAGUCGCUCACCACAUCUAAAUAAACUCUCAACUACCUCCACUAUCGAGCUAUAUUCCUCGGGAGAGCCAUUCCUCAGCUCAGGAACAAGACAGGCGAGGCUAUCGAUCAAGCCGUCAGUCAGUAGCGCCUGAAGAGGCCACCGUCAACUCCCCCUACAGAGUGGCUCGUCCAUCACCCAACAUAGACUCAUGAUGUGCGCAUUCAUGACACCAGUGCUGAAAAAUGACUGGGAAAUCUACAAUACGAAGCGCUCCCGCAACAGUUCAGAGAGCUCUUCGGUAUCUGCCCCAUCUAACCAGCGAUCACGCCCGACCCACGUACGAAAACGAGGAAUAGGUGAGACUGGACGUAGCUUUUCGUACCACGCCCCAUCACAUGGCCGCAGCGAUAUGAUGUACGUUGGGUCUCCACCCAGAGCUUUCCACAUGUCAACUAAGAAUUCCAGAUAUGCUUCAAGGACCUCUAUGGACCCAAAUUCUCCUGGGACCACAAGCCCACCAAAGAGCCCAUUGGCCACAACGACAAAUGGCCCUUCAAAGAGCCCAUCAUCUGGAUCUCUCACAAAAUUCCACAAUAAGGUGAUGGACAAAUUGAAAACUGUUCUCCACCUGAAAGAUGACAAUAAUCAUCAUGACGAGGAGCAGAAAGAUUCCAGGGGCCAGUCGUGAAAAGGGAGGAAGAUAAAGCAACAGGAAACCCAGAUUGUAAACCAAACUGGAGAGGGCAAGUAAGUGAGGCCAGCUGAAUAGAGGUGACCCAAGGGAUAUUGUCUCGAGGGUAUGUAAGUGAAAACAGUAAUGUAGAAGGAAUCCAAGGUAUCUUGUCUCAAGAAGAGACAAGGAAUGUAUUAUGAACCCCAAGAGCUCUCGCUUCGAGGGUAUGUAAGUGAGACCAGUAAUGUAGAAGGGACCCAAAGGCUCAUGCCUCGAGGGUGUGUAAGUCAGACCAGUAAUUUAGAAGGGACCCAAGGGCUCAUGCCUCGAGGGUGUAUAAGUCAGACCAGUAAUGUAGAAGGGACCCAAGGGCUCAUGCCUCGAGGGUGUAUAAAUGAGACCAGUAAUGUAGAAGGGACCCAAGGGCUCUUGCCUCAAGGGGUAUAUAAGAGCGACCAGUAAUGUUGAAAGGACCCAAAGGCUCAUGCCUCGAGGGUAUAUAAGUGAGACCAGUAGUGUAGAAGGGACCCAAGGGCUCAUUCCUCGAGGGUAUUUAAGUGAGCCUAGUAAUGUUUAAGGGACCCAUGACCCAUGAAUAGCCUCGAGGCUAUUCAAGCAAGACCGAUCAUGUAGGAAGGACCCAAGGACUCGCGUCUAAAGGGCAAGUAAGACCAGUAGAUGUAGUAGGAGCCUAAGGUCUACCUCAAUAAGGAAUUGAUUUGCAAGAGAAUAUUAAAGUACAGGAAUAAACAUAAAAUUAAACGGCAGUGUGUAGGCAUGGAAUAUAAAUGUUAUGCCUUACAAGAAUUUGAAAUGAUGCACACACGUACUUAGCUAGUUUUUUGUGUGAUUAAAAAAAUUGUGAAGGCUAUUUAUGUACAAUAUGUUAAAUGGAGAAAUUGUAGAAUAUUUAUGACUAUGAUGUAAUGAAUUGCUUUACAGUAUUUACUUAAAUUGGAUUGAUGAAAAACAAAACAAAAAGGUGACUGGAAUAAUCUUGUGUAAAUGUAGUCAAUAACUUAACAUUUUAAAAUACCCAAAAGUUCACAUUACUGGUGAAAAGUAUUAUUCACAGAGGUAUUUUACUAACUUCUGCUACUAAUGAAUAACAGUCUUCUUGUUCGUUUAAAUUUAUAUGAUUAUUUAUUUCUUGGGGAUGUUUAGAAUCGGCUGUGUUGGAAUAUUAUUUUGAUUCAGUUUAUAAUUCACAAGCUCUCUUAAGAAGAAAUAAGCAAGGGUUUAUGAUCAUGUUGCCAGUACUGUAAUGCAGCAUUCUUGUACUGUACUCUGAUAUAGGUACAGUAAAAAAAAUGAAAUAUAGCAAAAUUAUAUAUAAUUAUAUAAGAUAUAUUUUUAAUAUUUGAUAAAAUAAGUGUUCUUAGUUGUGUAAUGAUAUAUUAGCUCCCUAAUUAAUAUUUACUAUAAUGUAAUUCAAUUUUUUUUUUUUUUUUUUUUUUUCAAUAUCUUGUUUUUGGUGACUACCUGUAUGUGUAGGGUUUUGGCUAGUUGUUUGUCAUAGCCUAUGAAUGAAGAACGUGUUUCAAUAUGGUUGAAAUUAGGCAAUAUACUUUAAAACUUUAACUGGUAAUUGGUUCCAUGUAUCAUAUUAUGCAAUUUGUUUAGAAUUAUUAUGACAAAAUCUAUUUUAAAUUACUGUAUCUAUAAAUAAAAUAGAUGCUAAUAAUGCCUCUGUGCCAUGUUGGCAGCAUUUGUACCUGCUAAAACUGUGUAAUUUUGUAUACUAUGCAAUGGCCUCAUCUGAGAUAGGUGCAACAGUAUAUAUAUAUAUAUAUAUAUAUAUAUAUAUAUAUAUAUAUAUAUAUAUAUAUAUAUAUAUAUAUAUAUAUAUAUAUAUAUAUAUAUAAUAUAUAUAUAUACUGUAUAUAUAUAGUCUCGAAUACACACACGCACACACUCAGUAUAUAUAAUCAAUGGCUCAUCAAUAAAUGCAAGCAUUUGCUUGUGAAAUGCAUUUUGUUAUUUUUUCUUUGUGAUGAACAGUGUAGAGAUCAUAUUAUAUUAUGUGUUUCACAGGGAUAUACAAAACUGUGUUUGAAUCAAUUUCUCCAAGUGGAUUUCAUCAUUUAGUGCAAGGGCUUCAUGCUAAUUUGUUAACAAUAUUGAUAUAUGGGCCUUGUAUUUCAUGCCAAAUCUAGAAGUUACUUAUUGCCACAAUGGUCCUAAUAAUUUAUCCUUGGACUAAUAUUUCUACUUUGAUAACAAAUAUUCAUUGAGACUUAAAUCAUUUAAUAAAAUUGAGCUCAUAUUUCAUUUAAACUCUUCAGUUAGAGAUACAUUUUCAGAAGUUGAGAAAGUCUAUUACAGUGUACAAAUAUUAAUUCAGUAAAUGAAAACACAAAUUUGAUGCAAAAUUAUUUUAAUAUGAUUACCUUAAAUUUAAUAAUUCCCUGCUUUUAUGUGUUUAUUUAGCUUUGUAAACAAAAUUAUAAUAUAGUUUCAAUGUUGAAGAAGGAUGAAGAGUUGAGGAAAUAAGAUGUGCAGUUUAAACAGGUAGAUGGUGGCUACCCAAAUUAUUGCUCAAAUAUGUUUUAUUAAUAUAUAUAUAUAUAUAUAUAUAUAUAUAUAUAUAUAUAUAUAUAUAUAUAUAUAUAUAUAUAUAUAUAUAUAUAUAUAUAUAUAUAUAUAUAUAUUUGUUUUUAUUUACAUGUGAUUGCCUGAUUUAGAUCUGUUCUAUAAGUACAAAAGAAUUUAAAUAAUAUUUUGAAUGCAUAAUGGCUGCUAGAAUUGUGAGAAAGCUGUUGGUGUAAGUCACUCGGUGAAGGCUUUUCCUCCCCUUGGAACUCUCUGAAGGCUGUGGAAGGUGAUAAUGUAUUCUAUUAGGGUGUCGAGUCAAAAUUACUAAUUAAUUUGAACAGUAAAGCAUGUGUAGGAGAUAAGAAUAUAUUAUAAAGAUGCUUUGUAUUACUAUGCUUGCUGUGCUUGCACCGUAUCUCCAUGGGAAAAUGUCAGAAUGGAUGUAUAUGCUCCUUACGUCAACAGUAUACUACUGUGUUAUGGCUUUGGUGAAAGGUAGGAAACCCCCAAGUCUUGUUGCCUCUGUCUGUGUUGUAUGGUUGCAUUUGUCAGUCUAAGAUAAGAUUGAGUCAAAAUGUUAAGUCCCGAGUAUUUUUGUUCUCUCCAGAAUGGUUGACUUCAAAAGAUUCUCAAUGUCAUUGAGACCGGUGCUAAUUUAAAUUAUAUAGAAUACAAAAGUUAUAUUUACAGGUAAUUCCUUCCUAUAGAGCUAGAGAGUAAUAUUAUUCAUAAUUAUAAUGGCAGAUUAUGUAUAUUUGGUUUCUAAAGUGCAGUUAUUUUAUUAUUUAGAUUACCUGCACGACUACACUUGUGUGUUCAAUCAGUGCCAGACAUCAGUAGAUGUAGGAAUUAUUUUUUAAGACCGAGUUCAAACCAAAACUUCGAUUUUCUACAGUGCCAACAAGUGUUGAAAAUCACACAUAUGUUCACAACAGUUUUAUACUUUUGAGAGAUAGAAAUUAGAUUUUCACUUUAGUAACCAAACAUGUGUAGCUACAUAACCAUAUUUGUAUAUAUUGUCAGCAUUUUUGUAUAGGUAAAUGGUUCAUCAAAUUAUAAUGUAAAGAUCUAUUUAUUCCAGAAUAAAUUCUGGGAAUCCGUAUAAAAUAAAGCCUAUGUUAUGUCAA